ACCAGAUGUUUAAUUUUAUCACAUUUAUCCUUUUUGCUGUUGUUUGCAUCAGCUACUGCCACAAAAGCAGAGGCAGACGACAUUUUGGCGACGAAUACCGGAUCAACACACCUGCAUGUGAUAUUGUGUGCGAAGGGCAGUGGAAGAGCGAAUUUCAUGCAAACUUCCAUAAAAUCUACGACACCGAGUAUUUCGAAAUUCCGCUCGAUACAGCAAUUGUGAAAAAUCGAGCAAAUUUGAAAAUGUUUUGCUCUUCAACAAUCCAAAAGUAUUCUUGCCUACGCAACGAAUGCAAGAUUCAGCGUACACCAUGGUCGGCAGAGAAACAUAUUUGCGUCGGCCACUUUGACAAUUUUGAUCGAAACAUCAACUGCUUGAGCCUCACCGACAAAUAUGUGCAAAGAGAGUGUUCCAAUGUCUGCAAUAGCAUCAAGAUUGAAAUCUCGCAAGCCGAGAUCGAUAGAAUGGCUGAAAUGGAUUUUAGCCGACAAGAGAAGAGCGAGUUUGUUGAACAGAACAAACACUGUAACGUCAUUGCGUGUUACCAGUUGUGUCAUGAGUACAUCAUAAGCAAAGUCUGCAUUGAUAGCGCAGUUGCAGCACGAUCAGUUGUCAAAUCAUACUACGAUUCGUACUUGGAGCGAGAGUAUACUGAAUUGAACAAAGAUGAUCAAGACGAGCUAUAUUCGAGCUUUUGUAGAAGAGUCACACCUGGACAAGACGAGAAUGAGUUUACCGCAAACAUGACCAGAUACAACAAUUUGACUCUUGACCGAAUGAAGAACGACAUUCGCUCAGUGUUUUCCAUCCUCGACUAAACGAAACCAAUAAACUGUGUAGUUUUGCCGACUUGCCGACUAUCCAUCGGUUCUUUGCUUUUCGAUGCGUUCCAUAUGUUCUUCUUUUUUUUCGACCUGAAUGUUGAGGAAAAAGAUUUAAAGUCUUAAUUUAAUACCCGGUCACCCUGUAUUCUUCUGUGAAGACUCUCAGUUCACUAUAACCUUCUAUUAGUUAUCACUAUCUUUUUAAGUGUCAAGUGCUUCUCUUUUUUGGCUAAUCAAUUUUUUUUUCGAUUUUCCGCGUGAAUAUCACGCGGUUUUGAUAUUAUUUCUCCGAAUUUUUUUCUUUAAUUGUACCUUGCCCCGGUUAAAGAGCUCUUGUCACAUUAAAAAUUUUAUUGCUCUUUACAGCAGCAAUUAAAUUCUUCAUGUCUCGCUCGUUUUUCAUUGUUUUAUUUGUUCUCAUCACCUUAUCAGAAUUCCAAAUUGAUAGUUACGUCAACACAGAAAUGUGCAAAGCAGGAUAUCGUGAUUUAUCAUUCAUUGUACCACACCCCUCCCCACACCGAAUAUAAUUGCUCUGUUAUGGGUAUUUUUCAAGAUUGAAUCUUGAAUAUCGUUACAUAAUAAUUAUAAUAAACGUAAUAAUAUUAA